CUCUCGGCCACCGAGGCGGCUAUGGGGGGGCGACGGCGGCAAAAGAAGUGAAUCUCUGAGGCGGCGGCAGGAUUUGGCAGCUGUCGUCCGCCCACUACGCGGAGCGCGGGAGGCGGGCGGGCGAGGCAGCGGGGGCCGCAGCGCAGCGUUGACGGGGGGCGGCCAUGAUGAAGUGAGCCACUCGCCUCUUGCCCUGCCUAAGGCCGCUGAGGAUCCGGGGGACGCGGAAGAAGGGGACGCGGCAACAUGGCCAAUGACAGCGGUGGGAGUGGCGGCAUUACCAACGGCGGCGCGGGAGCCGGCCAAAGUGGCGGCGGCGGUGGCGGUGGGAGUGGUGGAGGCGGCGGCAACAACAACAACGCCAACAGCGAGCGGGACCGGCAGUACUGCGAGCUGUGCGGGAAGAUGGAGAACCUGCUGCGUUGCGGGCGCUGCCGCAGCUCCUUCUACUGUAGCAAGGAGCACCAGCGCCAAGACUGGAAGAAGCACAAGCUCAUCUGCCGGGGAAGCGGGAGCGGCGCCUCAGCCGCCGGAGGGGGCGCUGCCGAGCACCGCAGUGGCGGCGGCGGCGGCGGCGACCACCAAGGCCACAGCCACAUCCGCCCCCAUGCCGCAGGGGGAGGAGGAGGAGGAGACGGAGGAGCGGCGGCCGGGGCAGCGACCACGACCGCAACCAAGAAGGUAACGUCCCAGCCUGCCAAGGCCCAGGCCGGCACCAACUCGGAGGAGAGCGCGGUAACGAAUAACCACGUUGCCAAAGUGGCGCCAGAGGCCCGAGAGCGGGAAGGGGAGGAGAAGGAAGCCGCGGUGGCUGCGGCAGCUCCCGCCAGGGAGGCGGGGCUCCUCUACCGGGAUAAAUCCAACUUGACCGGAGAGGCGUCCUUGCGUCCGAAUGGGCAGAUGAAGUCGCGGGUGCCUCAGCGGCUGGCCCUCGAGUACAUCGUGCCCUGCAUGAACAAGCAUGGCAUCUGCGUGGUGGACGAAUUCCUGGGGAAGGAGCUGGGCGGGCAGAUCGAGCAGGAGGUGCGAGCUUUGCACCACACCGGACGCUUCACCGACGGGCAGCUCGUCAGCCAGAAGAGCGACUCCUCCAGGGACAUCCGCGGCGACAAAAUCACCUGGGUGGAAGGCAAGGAGCCCGGGUGCAAAACCAUCGGAAAGCUCAUGAACAGUAUGGACGAUCUCAUUCGCCACUGCAAUGGCAAGCUGGGCAACUACAAAAUCAACGGCAGGACGAAAGCAAUGGUGGCUUGCUAUCCAGGCAAUGGAACAGGAUAUGUUCGUCAUGUUGAUAAUCCAAAUGGAGACGGAAGAUGUGUCACAUGUAUAUAUUAUCUUAAUAAAGACUGGGAUGCCAAGGUAAGUGGAGGAAUCCUUCGAAUAUUUCCAGAAGGCAAAGCUCAGUUUGCUGACAUUGAACCUAAAUUUGAUAGACUGCUAUUUUUCUGGUCGGAUCGCCGGAACCCUCAUGAAGUACAGCCUGCAUUUGCUACAAGGUACGCAAUAACAGUGUGGUAUUUUGAUGCAGAUGAACGAGCCCGCGCUAAAGUAAAAUAUUCAACAGGUGAAAAGGGUGUGAGGGUUGAACUUAAUAAACCUUCUGAUUCAAAUGGGAAAGACCUUCUAUAAAGCCUUGAUCUAUCAGCUCUCCGGCUCUUCUCCAUUCUGUCCACCCAAACUGUGUUUGGCGCUGUCUGUUAAUUUUUGAAUGUGAAUAAUAGGAUAAAGGAAAAUCAACGCCAAAUUGACAUUUGGAAUAAAUAAAUGAUGAAUUUCAGUAUUACAUCAAGUGAAUCUCUAACUGCUGAAGCAUCAUAUUACAUGAUUGUGACUCCAGUCCUGUGACUGCUUAUGUGAAGAUAAGCACUGAGAAGAAACAGCUUACACAUGAAGUGCCCUACAUAGAAGUUUUUAUCCAUAUUUUGCCAUUCAGUCCUCUGACUCAAUGCUUUCAUUUCCUCUUUUUUCAGAAAAAGUGGUAAAUGUUUGAUGUUCAGCUUUUUGUAUAACCAGGUUCAACUGUUCAAAAUUAAGAAAAACACUUUUUCCAAAAUACCAUUACCUAUUUUUGUCAGUCUGCUCUUCUGUUAUCCUACUCUGUAAAAUCUAAUUUAAACAAGAAUUGCCAGUAACUGAUUUUCACUUUGUCUUUUCACAUAAAGUCCAAAAAGGAGCACUUUAAUUACCAUCUGAACCCUGAUUGUUUUUAUUUUCAUAUCUUACACUAAUUUGAACUUUUUAAAAAAGAUUGCUGCUGUGUUAUGUUCUCUGAAUUUUUUAAAAAAACUGAAACAGAUGCCUAUUUUGCUGUCAAUUUUGUUAAAUUGUGGUUUUAUAUGUUGAAUACAGAGGGCAAGCAUUCUCUGUUGCAUUUGGGUUUUCUGAGUGACUGGUUUGCACCACGUGAAUUUGACACUACCCGUACUGUCCUUGGAACUGAAAACUGGGUACAGUUUACUGGGAGCUUCAUCUGUAAAAGCCGUUAGAUAGAAAUAAAAAUCAUUCAAGAGCACAUUCAAGAGCAUUCAAGAAUCGGAACUUAACACGGUUCCGAUUCUUUGAACAGGGCCUGUGCAGAUGAACUGCUAGGUAGACUCUGCCCCUGUCAUGCCAUUAGAUCCCUAUAAGGGCUUUUCUAGGCUUUUAGAUGUAUUGACAAACACCCCUUCUGCUACCUUGAUGGGAGAUCUUUUGUGACUCAUUUUAAAAGCUUUUUGCUACUAUGUGUGAAAGGUAGUACAACUGAAAACCAGAGAUAAUGUUUUCUCUUAAAGCAAUAGUGUUCCUUUUCAUUUGCAGUUUAAUCCCUCAGUUCUCCUACAUAGUGUCAGGGGUGCACUAAACGCAUUAAGACUGAAGUGCAUUGCUACAGCCUUAAUAAUGUAGAGAUUUUUAUAUUGUUGCAGAAGUUUAACAUUGGCCUCUGAUAAUACAAAGUUAUGUUUAACAAAGGGGGAAAAUACUUUCUUUAAGGUGAGGAAGCAGUAGAGAGAAAAGUUCUUUCACCAGGUAUUAGGAAUUUUUUAUUUGGAUGGGAGCAUGUAUGGUCAGAAGGAAUCCCCUGAAGAGAAGCUUUCACAUUCUACCAGCCUUAUAAAUACAAGCCUCCUCACUUACACGUUAAAUUGUUUAUUCCUUGAUCCCCUCAUUCAAUCAGAACAAUGUGAGUGUACUUGGACAAUUUUAGCAUCUGUAUAGUUUGUACUCUUAUUAGAGACCUUUUCUAUGGAAAGCUCAGUAAUUUUUAUUUUUAAAAAAAGCUUACUAUUCAUGUAAAACAUGAACAAGCAUUGUGUUUAGUGACAACUGACAGGAGGGGGGAAAUUGAGUUUUGUGAAAGCAUAAUUAGGGAAACUUACAAUGAGAGUCUUCAUGAAUUUUUGGUCCCCCCAUCCCCUCCAAAUGACUAAUAGUUUUAUUUUUCUCUUCAUCCUGAUAAAUCAGAAGAAAACAUGUCUACUGUAAGUGCCUCUGCAAGCCUGACCAAGGAGUGUAAAUCUUUAAUAUUUGGUCUGCAGUGCAAUGCACUGUUUUAGGCCUAAGUAACAUCAUUUCUAACUUUUAACUGCUUUUGUAUUACGUUUAAUGUACUAGAAAUUCACAACAUAAGCCUUUACAUUUUUAUUUGUCCCUUGAUUCAAGAUAGCAGUGCUUGCUGGGGAGUUAUAAAAUGUACUUAAAUCUCUCAGUUUGUUAUUUACAAAAGGUCAUCAAACUGGAUCUUAUAAUGUCCAUUUAGAAACUGUUUGUAUCAGUUAAAUCUUCAGCCUUGGGCAUCACCAAGCAGGAACCUGUUUCAGACUAUUUUUAAACUGUCUUACAGCCUGUAUAUGUGUUUCAUCUUGGUUAAAGAUAAAGCUUCAUAAUGCUAUUUUUAUUUCAUGACAUUAGCCAGCUGUAAAACACAAGACUUUUAUCUAGCAGGCAAAGAAAUUCAGGAUACGUUUUCAGAUUUCCUAUGAAGUCAUGUAACUUUUGAAAAGCAGUGUUCAUUACUGAAAGAGCUCUCAAGUUGCUUGUAAAGCUAAUCUAAUUAAAAGAUGUAUAAAGGUU